AUGACAUCGUCUUUCCCUGUUGCUGUUAGCUUUGUACAGGAGACCCCUGGUGAUCUGUUUGAUGCCCCCAAUGGUGCUGCUCUGAUCCAUGCGUGCAACUGUCAGGGUGUCUGGGGUGCAGGCAUUGCCCGUGCAUUUCGUGAGCGGUAUCCCACUGCCUACGAGAUCUAUCGCAAUCACUGCCUCACUUACCGUAGCCACCCAGUCACCAAGAUGAUCACCGACCUACGCGAUGAGGACCCGCUGCCCUCUCUCGUUGUUCCCGGUCCCCUCGGCACCGCUCUCCUGAUCCCACCCCAGAAGAGCGACUUUAUAUUACACCGCCGGCGCCAUUGGAUAAUCUGUCUAUUUACCUCGGAGAAGUAUAGAAUGCGUGUCGAUUCGGAGGAUAUAAUUGUCAAUAGCACCUUUGCUGCCCUACAAGACCUGAGUAGACAGCUACAAGUUCUUCCCCAGCAGGCUUCGGAGACUGGUAAUGAGCGACCACAGAGCAUUUACUCCAGUCGCUUCUGCACUGGUUUGUUCAAUGUUCCCUGGGAACGCAUUUGUAAAUUGAUCAACACAGUCGGUCUCAGUGUCAAUGUGUACUACCUACCCCUUUGA